GGGGAGGGGCUGGCAGAGCUGGCUCUGAGCUGGCGCUGUGCCCUACCUGUAGCCUCACCAUGCAGCCCACGGCCACCAUGGCCACCGAGGCCACCACCACCACCACGGCUGCCCUGAUGACUUCGUGGGACAAUACCACCAGCCGCCCCACGGCGGAGCCCGACCCCAUCCUGGACAACUACGUGCUGCUGGUGGUGGUGAUGUCGCUGUUCAUCGGGGGCACGCUGGUGGUGCUGUCCGGCGUUCUCCUGCUCUGCAAACGCUGCUGGGAGGUGCACCAGCGCUUCAACAGGGCCAUGGAAGAAGCAGAGAAGACCACCACGACCUACCUGGACAACGGCACCCACCCGAUACAAGACCCCGACUGCAGGGCGGAAGACCCCGAGAGCCAGGACACGGAGACAGAGCGCUUCCUCGCCACCAGCUCCACCGGCCGCCGCGUGUCCUUCAACGAGGCCGCCCUGUUUGAACAGAGCCGCAAGGCUCAGGACAAGGGCCGCCGGUACACCCUGACAGAGGGGGACUUCCACCACCUCAAGAAUGCUCGUCUCACGCACCUCCACCUGCCGCCUCUCAAGAUCGCUACCAUCCAUGAGUGUGAACCGGGUGAGGCCAGCUCAGUGGCCACACCCCACCCAGCCGCCACCCCCAAAGACAGCUUGGCUAUUUUCCAGCCCCCUGGGAAGGCCCUCACUGGCCGCUCAGUGGGUCCCAGCUCCGCCCUGCCAGGUGAUCCCUACAACUCUGUGGACUUCUCGGAGAUCAGCCCCCCCGCCUCCAGUGACUCUGGGGAGGGCAUCUCGUUAGAUGCAGGGCCCCGGGGAGCCAAGGCUGCUGGGCCUGGGCCUGAGGCAGCCCCCGGGGAGAUGGGCACAGGCUCCUCGGGACCGGGCACUGUACUGCAGUUCUUCACACGGCUACGCCGCCAUGCCAGCCUGGAUGGGGCCAGCCCCUACUUCAAGGUCAAGAAAUGGAAGCUGGAGCCAAGCCAGAGAGCGUCCAGUCUGGACACAAGAGGUUCCCCGAAGCGGCACCAUUUCCAGCGACAGCGGGCGGCCAGCGAGAGCAUGGAGCAGGAGGGGGACGCCCCUCAUGCCGACUUCAUUCAGUACAUUGCCAGCGCAGGCGACUCGGUGGCCUUCCCACCCCCCCGCCCCUUUCUGGCCAGCCCCACCAGCCCGCCCCCUACUCUCGGCAGGCUAGAGGCGGCCGAGGCGGCGGGAGGAGCGAGCCCCGAGACUCCUCCGGAGCACGGCAUCAGUUUGGGGCCCGAGCAUGCGCAGCAGCAGGACCCGCAGCAAGAGCAGGACGCCGAGCAUGCACAGUGCAGCUACCGUGACCUGUGGAGCCUUCGCGCUUCGCUCGAGCUCCACGCGGCCACUGCAUCGGACCACAGCAGCAGCGGCAAUGACCGCGACUCAGUGCGCAGCGGGGACAGCUCGGGCUCGGGCUCCGGGGGUGGCGGCGCGGCACCCGCCUUCCCACCCCCGCCCGAGUCCCCGCCCGCCCUGAGGCCUAAGGACGGCGAGGCCCGCCGCCUGCUGCAGAUGGACAGUGGGUACGCGAGCAUCGAGGGGCGCGGCGCGGGCGACGAGGCCCCCGAACUCCCGGCUUGCCUGGGCCCCGGGCUGUGUGUGGAGCCCGCCGGGGCGCUGCUGGACAAGCUGGCGGCCAGCCUCGACGACAGACUCUUCGCUCCGCACCUCGCCGAGCCCGUUGCCUCCUCCCCGGUGCUGAUCGUCGCUGCUGCUGCCCCCACGUCCCCUGACCACAGCCCGGCCUAAGCUCCGUACUCGAUCCGCCUCUCGGCAGCUUCUCCGGGCACGCGGGGCCGCUGCGGGGAGGGCGCCAGCGGGGGAACCCGGGGCUGCCGUGCACGCGCACGCGGCCCGCCCCCAACUGCGCACUGCGGUGCCCCAUCGGGCACUUAGUGGGCGCAGCGGCCUCCGCAGGGGCGAGGCCCCAGGACCCUGGCGCGGCUGCACGGAGGACCAAGAGCUCGGACUCUGCGGUCCCUGUUCGGCCGACCACAGCAACCCGGAGGCCGGGUUGCUCCGAAGCGCAUGCUCCCUCCGUUGGUCAGCACGUGCUGGCGGUGCCAUUGCCGGCCGUACGCAUGCGUGAACCUCCUGGAGGCGAAGGGACCACGGGGCACUAAGGAUCAGAGGAGCUGGCCGCCCCACCCCGAAUCCGUUUACCUCACUACGGCGUGUGCUCUCGCGGCACCCAUCCCCUCUCCGAGCAAUAACCGCUGCUCCCGCUCAGCAUGCGCACAGCCCCGCCUGUCCCACUCAAGAGCCGCGGGCUUUGGACAUACGGACACAACAGCCCAGGCGGCAGCUUCAAGUUUCCCAAGCUUUAUUUAUUGCCAAAAUAUAGGGCGGCCUCGCCGUGAGUGCCCGCCCACUCCCUGCCCUGCGCCCGCCCUCCACGGGUCGUCGUGUUGUCUGGUUGAUCAUAAAUGUCUCUGCAUA